GGAACCAUCUCGUGGUAUCAAUCCGGAUGAAGCGGUGGCAUAUGGUGCAGCUGUACAAGCGGGCGUACUUUCGGGUGAGGAAAGUACCGGUGAUAUUGUGUUGUUGGAUGUGAACCCGCUAACACUUGGUAUCGAAACUGUUGGUGGUGUGAUGACGAAGUUGAUUCAGCGGAACACGGUCAUCCCGACCAAGAAAAGUCAGAUCUUCUCGACGGCUGCUGACAAUCAGCCAGUUGUCACUAUCCAGGUAUAUGAAGGAGAACGACCAAUGACCAAAGACAAUCACAUUUUGGGCAAAUUUGAUUUGACCGGCAUCCCACCAGCACCUCGUGGUGUACCACAGAUUGAGGUCACAUUCGAAAUCGAUGUCAAUGGCAUUUUGCAUGUUACGGCUGAAGAUAAGGGCACUGGCAAUAAGAAUAAGAUAACAAUCACAAAUGAUCAUAACCGGUUGUCUCCGGAAGAUAUCGAAAGGAUGAUUAACGAUGCCGAGAAGUUCGCCGAUGAUGACAAGAAGGUUCAAUUUUUUUUUUUUGAUUUUUAA